GUAAUGUCCAUGGAUCAGCGUCUCCUGAAAAUUAUUCUGGAAAACCAAAUUGUGAAACUCAGAGUCUCUCUGAGUGACCUCUACAAUGGCCAACUGCUCGAAACCCUGGGAGGAAAACUGCUCAGAGUCUUCAUUUAUCGCACGGCUGUGUGUAUUGAGAAUGCAUGUAUGGCCAGAGGCAGCAGAGAAGGAAGUAACGGUGUCCUUCAUCUCAUGCGAUCACUGAUUCAGCCACCCGAGACAACCAUCUAUGACCUGCUCUUAAAAGACGGACGCUUUAAAAUCUUCCUGUCUCUGAUGGAGAGUGCUGAACUGACAGAUCUACUGAAGCAGGAAGGAUCGUACACACUCUUUGCUCCUAUCGAUGCCGCCUUUGGCACCCUGACAGAGGAAGACAUCGCUCUUCUGAAAA